GCAGGAGAGCUCUGCUGUUUUCACACCUUCAGCUCACACAGGAAACUAUACGAGACACUUGGGCACUCCCUUUAUUUUAGUUAAAGUAGCCGAGAGGUGCAGCACUGCUGUAGUGUUUCUACAGAGACGCAGUAAUUCAGUGUUUCAGUCUUUUAGAGAUUAGACAUGUCUCUGAGUGUUUAUGAGGAUCUGAUCUACUUUGAGGAGCUGAACAGAGCAGAUCGAGACGAGAUAACGGUGAUUAUAUAUGAGAGUUCAGACUCUCACAGAGGAGAUAAAAUGGAGAUGGUGGAGGAUAUCUACGAGAGUGCAGACGCUGUUAGAGGUCAUGACCCCAACACAGAGAUGGAGGACACCAACACAAUGAGGAUCCUGAAGACACAACAAGCAGAGAGUCGCUCUGCAGGAAGCAGACGCUACAGACUGGCUUCAGUGGGUCUGGGUCUGCUGUGUGUUCUCCUGCUGACUGCCAUCACAGUGCUGUGGAUCCAGUUCAACCACCUGACUGCAGAGAGAGACCAGUUACAGACCAGUAACCCCAACCUGACUGCAGAGAGAGACCAGUUACAGACCAGUUACACCAAGCUGACUGCACAGAGAGACCAGUUACAGACCAAGAGAGAUGAUCUCCCGAGAAGGUGUUCUGAACUGGAGAAGAGAGUUAAAAAAGACGGGUGGAUCUACUUCAGCUCCAGUCUUUACUACGUCUCUACUGAGGAGAAGAGCUGGAGUGAGAGCAGAAACGACUGCAGAAAGAGAGGAUCAGACCUGGUGAUCAUCAACAGCAGAGAAGAACAGAACUUCAUUAACACAUUGAGAAAAGAUCAGUGGGUUUGGAUUGGUCUGAGUGACGGUGAAACAGAGGGGGUCUGGAAAUGGGUGGACGGAUCAGAACUGAUCACUGGGUUCUGGAGAACUGGAGAACCCAACAGUUACGGAGAUGAGGACUGUGGUUUAACUGACAUUGUUUCUGAUCCUGUGAAGACCUGGGCUGAUUAUCCCUGUAAUCGUCAGUUUGUUUGGAUCUGUGAAAAGAGAAUAUAA